AUGCAAGCACUCCCACCCAUUUCUGAGAACAGUGUAGGCUGUCUGAUAACUCGCAGGCUUCAGGCUGCCCUUAUAACGUUGUUCCACUUCUGCACACUUCCUCAUACUGCUAGUUUCUCGGUGAAGAUGAAGCUCCUCAUUUACAUAGUCUUGCUGAAGUCAACUCUCCUUGCUUUAACAAAUGUUUUUGCAGUUAUUUUAGAAGAGGAAGAGAAUGCUAAAGAAGCAAAACUUACUGAGACUUGUCCCAUAAAGCUCAAAACUAAUCGGAAAUGUGAUGAAGGAGAGGAUUGUCCUUAUCAGAUAAAUUUGCCUCCGAUGACCAUCCAGAUACCUAAAGAAUUCAAACUGCUUGAGAAGACUCUCAAAGAAGUACAGACUCUUAAAGAAUCAGUAAACAAGCUGAAGAAAUGCUGCCAAGAUUGUAAGCUGCAAGCAGAUGACAACCAAGAAAGAGAAAGAAGUAAUGAAUUCCUGCUACCUAACACUGCAGAAAACAGUGAAAGCCAAGAUACCAGAGUAAAGGAACUGCAAAGCAAAGUUAACAGAAUGGCAACGAGCUUAAAAAAUGCAAAGAGCCAGAUUCAGACACUGCAGGGUCGUUUAGAGAAGCUGAGCCUCAUAAACAUGAACAAUGUGGAACAUUAUGUUGACAGCAAAGUUGCAAAUUUGACAUUUGCUGUGAACAACCUGGAUAACAAGUGUUCUUCUAAGUGUCCAGCAAUGCAAGCAAGACCUGUCAUACAAAUAAUGCAGAGAGACUGUGCUGACCAUUACACAGCAGGAAGAAGGAGUAAUGGAAUCUACAGGAUUAGCCCUGAUCCCAGAAACGAGAGCUUUGAAGUUUACUGUGACAUGCAAACACAAGGAGGCGGCUGGACAGUGCUGCAACGGCGUCAGGAUGGCAGCACCAACUUCAACAGAACCUGGAAUGACUACAAACAUGGCUUUGGAAACCUCAGCAGGGAGUUUUGGCUAGGCAAUGACAAAAUUCACCUCCUGACAAGGAGCCAGGAAAUGCAGCUGAGAAUUGAUCUUGAAGAUUUCAAUGGAAUCAGAGAGUAUGCAAAAUAUGAUCACUUCUACGUGGCCAAUGAGUACCUCAAGUACCGUCUGAGCGUCCACGGCUACAGCGGCACCGCAGGAGAUGCCCUCCACUACAGCAGGCACUACAACCACGACCAGAAGUUCUUCACAACCCCAGACAAGGACAAUGACAGGUACCCCUCGGGAAACUGUGGCGCCUACUACAGCUCUGGCUGGUGGUUUGAUGCCUGCUUGUCAGCCAAUCUCAAUGGCAAGUACUACCACAAGAAAUACAAAGGUGUUCGCAAUGGUAUUUUCUGGGGUACGUGGCAUGGUAUUUCUGAUGAUAUUCCCACUGGAUAUAGGCAAUCCUUUAAAUCAGCAAAGAUCAUGAUCAGACCCAAAAGUUUUGUGCAGUAAUUCUACACAUUUCUCUUAACUAAUUUGCAUUGGAUUGUACUUCAAAUCCUACUUACUCAGUAUUAUACUCAGAAAUCAAGUAUUCAGUUAUGUUUGGCAAAAGAUUGUUCUAGACAAAACAACAUACUUCUACAUAAUCUUUUUAGAGACAGUUUGACCUAUAAAAUGUAUUAAACCCAGCAUUAAAGUAACUGAAUAGUUAUUGCUAAAACUUAACACCAGUUAGGUCGUGGUUUUAUCAUGUAAAUAUUCCAAACAUUGCUUUUGGUGCUUUUACUGACUGUGAUAUACCACAUUUUAUGAUUUACAACUUUUAUAUUGUCUUCCGUGAGUUGUGUCUGAAUGAAUACCUGCAUUUUAACCUGAAAAUUCAGAGGUGUAACUAAUAUAAAUUUUUCAACACUUGGAAAAAAACCUAGUCCCUCUAAAACAGUCUUUUCCCAUCACCUAUCCUUCACAACUUCAAAGGUAUAGCACAACAAUAUCAAUAUAAAUUAAGAAAAGUACUAAAAACUAUUAUUUUUAAAGAACUAGAAAACAGAGGGCCACAUGGUUUGCCCAAAGACACAAGAAUAGGCCUUGAAGAAAACAGAAAAUGAAGAUUCCUCAAAUUUCAUCCCUUUAUCAAAGAUUUUUCAGAGAAGUUUGUGCAAGGAUUGAUUAGAAGCAGAGGAAAUAAUUAUAAAAUCAUAGAAUCAUUUAGUUUGGAAAAGACCUUUAAGAUCCUUGAGUCCAACUGUUAACACAGAACUGCCAAGACCACACUAAGCCAUGACCCUAAGUGUCACAUGUACACAUGGAGAGAGCAUGUAUUGAACAACAACAUUCUUGCUCUUUUCGGUUCCUCCAUUCAA